GAUCACUUCCUCACAGUGAGCGAGAGAGAGAAAGAGAGAGAGAGAGGGAGAGAAAGAGAGAGAGACUGUUGGCACAUUUGAGUCCAGAGUGAAGGCUGAUCAUGACAGGUUUCUGAUGCUCGGCCCGGAUCACCGGACACACGGCACCGCCCGGAUCCGACGGUAAAGCCUGCGGUAAUCGCGGGAGGGAAGGACGGAAAGACGGACGGACGGUCGGUCGUCAUUGUAAGGGGGGAAAGAAAAAAGACCCAGCAGGGGUGGAGGAGUUUGAGGCGGCAGAGAAAGAGGGAGCGAGACCAUGCGAGAAUACAAAGUGGUCGUCCUCGGCUCAGGCGGCGUGGGCAAAUCCGCCCUGACCGUCCAGUUCGUCACGGGUUCGUUCAUCGAGAAGUACGACCCGACGAUAGAGGACUUCUACCGCAAGGAGAUCGAGGUGGACUCGUCACCGUCGGUGCUCGAGAUCCUGGACACGGCCGGCACCGAACAGUUCGCCUCCAUGCGCGACCUGUAUAUCAAGAACGGCCAGGGCUUCAUCCUGGUCUACAGCCUGGUCAACCAGCAGAGCUUCCAGGACAUCAAGCCCAUGAGAGACCAGAUCAUCCGGGUGAAGCGCUACGAGCGGGUUCCUAUGAUCCUAGUGGGCAACAAGGUGGAUCUCGAGGGUGAGCGGGAGGUGUCUUCAGGAGAGGGCAAAGCGCUGGCGGAUGAGUGGAACUGCCCCUUCAUGGAGACCUCGGCCAAGAACAAGGGCUCUGUGGACGAGCUCUUCGCCGAGAUCGUGCGCCAGAUGAACUACGCCGCGACGCCCAACGGGGACGAGCAGUGCUGCUCUUCCUGUGUCAUCCUCUAGAACUAUUUUUGGGCGGAUUUUUUUUGUUUUUGUUUGUUUUUGCACCCCCCUCUCUCCUCUCCUCCUUUUUUUUUUUUCAACCCCUCCACCUAAUUCCUUCUCACCCCUCUGAGCGCGAGACCCGGUCACUCACGAGACUCCACGAGACUCCAUUAUGAACGGAAAGUUUGCGGAAAAGUAAGAAAGAAAAAAAAGAGUGCGUUUUUUUUAUCUCUUUAUCUCUACAAAGAACCCGUUUCUGGUGUUAAACGUCAUCAGUAUUUUUGAAAAGAAAAAAAAAGAAAUAUAUAUAAAUAUAUAUAUAUAUAUAUUGUCUUGCACAUGCGCAAUACGAGGAAGAAAGAAGGGGGUGUGCAUCAGUGUUUACAAUGACAGAAUACUUGAAUGUUCUGGGAUUUGACCCAAACAAACCCCAGGGUUCUUUUAUUUUAUUAUUAUUAUUAUUUUAUCAUUACGUCUCCCUGGUGCCUACCUUCUGUGGGUUGCUCUUAUUUUAUUUCCACUAUUAAAACCGAACAACUUGUUUUGGCAGGAUUUUGUGACUCUUUGCCGAGCCUGUUUUUAUUUUUUUACCACGAUGACUUCCGGUUUUGUUUUUUAACUUCCGGAGAUGCGCACUGGUAACGAGUAGCAUCUGGUAACUAUGGAAACCAGACGAAACGGAAGUAGUCUUUUUUUUUUUUCGUUCAAAAUGUGAUGUCCUGGGAGGAGUCUAGCGAAGAAGAGGAAAAAGAAGAAGAGGAGAAUAAUAAUAAUAAUAAUAAAAAAAUAUAUAUUCAAAUCGAAAAAUCAAACUUUCGGAGUCAAAGGAAAGGAUGUUUUUGUUUCUUUGUUCUGCUGAACGCGACGACUCAAAGGAUCUGCGCUGGGGAGGGGGGGAAACAGGAAAAGAAAGAAAGAGAGGGGGGAAAAAUGGCGUAGACGGAAGUCGUCACAAUUCACGUCACAACAGCGACUUUUGCCGUCUUUCCUUUUGACUCAGCGUACGUGAGGACCGUGCUGCAGUGACGCGUUGACGUCGUGACGAUGACGUCCUGCGUCGAGUGCCUUCCAUAUUUUUUUGUUGUUGUUUGUUUUAGUGCCAACCUGAGAAAGAGGACGGGGGUCUGAGGCAAAACGUUCUUUAACUGUUACACUUUCUGGGGUUAUAAAGUGUUCAUAACUACUGUCUCACAAUAUGGCCUCUGGUUAUGUCUCAAUGCCUGUCGAUGAUGUCUUUUCUUUUUUUUUUCUUUUUUAAGUUCAUUUGUUUUUCCUGAAAUCUGGUCUUGUGUUUCGGCCAAAAAAUGACAGGUACUGGAGCUUCUCGGAGCUCCGUGACUUUUUUUCCGUAAUCCACUUCCUCUAGACCAGUGUUUUAUUUCCUUUCGGUUGAAUCUAUUCUUUUCUGUUUU